AUGGCGAAGAAUCUCGAAACCAGACCGUCCGUUCCUGAUCUGGAGGGGGACAAUCGCUGGGUCGCUCUUGCGCAGAAGCAUUGGCUGAAGCAGAGCAAAAUUCGCAAGGUCAAACAAGAUGUCAUCAAGAAAGAGAUCUGGGAUCCGUUGGAAGCUGAAGGGUUCACUACCCGCUCGCUCUUGACGCUGGAAAAUCUGAAUAUCCUGGAAAAGUAUUUGUGGCCGACCUAUACCGACGAUGCGUCGAACCAUCACGUUCUACUUAUCGCCGUGAUAGUUGGGAUUAAAAAAGGAGAACAUCUGCCGAUAUGGGAGCAUUUUGCCGAUCGUCCUGACAGCUUCUCCAACCUCUUCCAUCGCAUUCUCUCUCUGAGCUUGGACGUAUCGCUUUCCACCUUUUCGAGGCUCUCAGUCUUAUCUUUCAUCAUCUGCAGCUUUCAAUCGCUCGAAAAUACCCUGAUCAGGAAGGAAUGCGCGCCCUUAGUAUCUAUUUCCAUCUGGCACAACCUCUCGAGUGAGACGGCGAGGAAUCAGACCUUGGAAAAGACUCCCAUGUUGAAGAAGGCAUGGCGCGCAGCAGCUAAGCGAUACGAAGCAGCCGAUGAGUCGAUGAAAGCAAAGAUUCGAUUUGAGAGGGCGUGGCUUUACACACUCAUCUUGGAUUUUCUUCAAAGAGUCAGUACGGCAGGGCAAGCCCAAGCUGAUAACAUCCGAUACUGCGAACGAUUCCUUGAAUUACUUGUAGAUUUGAACAGUCAGCUACCAACAAGGAGAUACGUCAACACCCUUCUACAAGACUUGAACAUACUUGCCGUGAUUCGACUUUCGGAACUUUAUGAUUCUCCAAAUAAUUCCUUGAUACGCGACUUUUUCACACUUUUGCACCAUUUCAUGAACUUCGCUAUUGAUGACUACUCCGGCGAACCUCUCUCCAUACAGACAACAUAUGAUAUUCACUGCCAACGUCUUGCCCGACUGCAGAGGACCGCGAUCAAGCAUUUCAAGGACAAACUUACCAUUCUUGCUUUAUCCAAUUACGGAUCCCUUGAGCAGCGUUCAGAACUCGAAGGUAGCUUGUCCGUGUUGAAUGAUGCAGAACUCGAAGACCUUUGCGCGCGUCUAGGGUUUAGGACCACCUAUCCAAAGCAGUCUCAGGUGAUGGCCCAUCGCCAACUAUAUCUCGAGAUCUUGGUGUCUUAUUUCGAAAAGAAACCCUCGUUUCAAGAAGCAGCUACCAAACUCAGUACUGUACCAACAGAUGAGAGUCUUUAUGAGCCAGCUUUGCUGCGGAAUGAAACUUAUGAUGGAUCACGCCCGCUUGCUAUCCCCAAGCUUAACCUUCAGUAUCUCAGUCUCGGCGACUUUUUGUGGCGCUCAUUCAUGUUAUAUCGAGCAGAGGCUUUCUUCUCCGUUCGAAAGGAUAUUGAGGCGGUGAUGAAACGGUUACAACCGAGGAUUAACAAAUCAACACGCGAGGUUGUGUUUGAUGGAUUUACAAAGAUGGCAAUUCCCAUUUCCAAACCUGCAAUCAUUGAGGUCGCUCAACCUAGGGUAGGGUCAACAAACCCUGCUUUCGUUCGUGCCGAAAUUACUCUGGAAGUAGGCCGGCUAGCGGACAACAUACGAAAGGAGUGGGAGUCUUUGCGGCCAGAUGAUACUGUGUUCCUCCUUGCAAUAACUCCCCCACCGGCUUCGACCGCUUUGAAUCUUACGGAUAAGCCUUCUCUCACGUACGUCCGUACGGCUGAUGUCGUACAAGUCUUGGAUGAAAAUGGACGUGUCUUGCGCGAACCUCAAAACCAGUCAGAAAACGGAUUCACUCGUCGACCUCAGAUUAGGAGACUUCUACUGAAUCUCGAUGCGGCUGCUUUUCAAACAGAUCAAGACAAACAGUCACAGGGGAAACGAGAGGUAUAUCCUUUGAUAAACGUCAUAGUGAGAAGAAAGGGACGAGAAAAUAAUUUCAAGUCAGUACUGCAAACAAUGCAACAGCUAAUCACUUCGGCCGUUGCACUACCAUCUUGGCUUCAGGAAAUAUUUCUCGGGUAUGGUGAUCCUGCUAGUGCUCGAUACACUGAGCUUCCGAACCGAGCCAAGUCAAUCGACUUCCGCGAUACCUUUUUGGACUGGCAGCAUUUGGUAGAGAGUUUUCCUGGGAAAACAAUCGAACCUUCUGGCAAAGAAUCCUCAAGUUUUGGGCCACCAUACGUUCUAGAGACCGUGGACGAACAACCUCAAGAUCAGAGUGCAGGGAACGCUUCAAAGAAACGUCGACGUGGUCAAGUGGAAACACAGGCUGAAUCCGCCUCUAUCCAUGUGUCAACAUACAAACCCCCUAACCCUGGGCCAUAUCCCGUCGAUGCUCCUAAGCUGAAUACAAUCCGAUUUACACCAGCACAAGUCGAGGCAAUCGCAUCUGGAACCCAACCCGGAUUGACGGUCAUAGUUGGACCUCCUGGUACAGGGAAGACAGACGUGGUGACGCAGAUCAUAAACAACAUAUAUCACAACUUUCCGUCCGAACGUACCCUCCUGAUUGCGCAUAGUAACCAGGCUCUGAAUCAACUAUUUCAGAAAAUCGUCUCGCUCGAUAUUGAUCAGCGGCAUCUCCUUCGACUAGGUCAUGGCGAAGAAGAGCUUGGGACAGAAACCAGCUAUAGCAAAUAUGGACGGGUUGAAUCCUUCCUUGAGAAUCGCACACACUUAUUAGCAGAAGUUGAUCGAUUGGCCGCUUCGAUUGGGGCUCUGGGCGCCCAUGGCAAUUCCUGUGAGACCGCAGAAUACUUCAACACUGUCUAUAUUCAGCCCGCAUGGACAAAGUUCUGGGAUAAAGCAAGAUCCGAGUCGGCCUCCGUAGAAGAUAUUGCAGUCUCCUUCCCAUUUCACUCAUACUUUUCAAAUGCACCUAACCCUUUGUUUACUCCGGGAAGCUCUAAGGAUAACGUCCUUGACGCUGCAGCCGGAGCACAGAGGCACAUUGAUAAAAUUUUUUCGGAACUAGCAGAUAUCCGGCCUUUUGAGAUUUUAAGGCAACCUCGGGACCGAGCCAAUUAUCUGCUUAUUAAAGAAGCUAGGAUCAUUGCAAUGACCUCAACACAUGCAGCAAUGCGUCGACAAGAAAUUGCCGAUUUGGGUUUCCAUUACGACAAUGUCGUCAUGGAAGAGGCAGCACAGAUUACCGAGAUUGAGACAUUUAUUCCCCUCGCGUUGCAGAACAUGGAAGAUGGCCAUCUGCUGCUGAAGCGGGUGGUAUUGUGUGGUGAUCAUUAUCAGAAUUCACCCAUCGUACAGAAUCUUGCAUUCAGACAAUAUGCCAAUUUUGAACAAAGUCUUUUCCUAAGGCUUGUGCGAUUAGGCGUGCCCACAGUCACACUCGACCAGCAAGGCCGAGCAAGGCCUAGUAUUGCUGAUCUUUUCAAAUGGCGAUAUAAAACUCUCGGCCACCUGCCUCAGCUUGAAGAGGAUCCGGAAUAUAGCCAAGGGAAUGCAGGUUUCGCAUGUGACUACCAGUUCAUCAACGUUGACGAUUACCAAGGCACUGGCGAAAGAGAGCCGGCGCCGCACUUUAUACAGAAUCUUGGAGAAGCAGAAUAUGCCGUGGCCAUAUAUCAGUACAUGCGACUUCUUGGAUACCCAGCUUCGAAGAUCACGAUUCUCACGGCUUAUGCGGGACAGAAAGCUCUUAUCAGGGACAUAUUGAGUCAUCGUUGUGCGAAAAUUCCGAUUUUUGGCAUGCCUCGGAUAGUCACAACUAUUGAUCAGUAUCAAGGCGAGCAGAAUGAUUAUGUAAUUCUUUCGUUAGUUCGUACACGAACUGUUGGUUAUCUACGGGAUGUUCGCCGCCUGACCGUUGCGCUGUCCCGAGCACGACUAGGCUUGUACAUCCUCGGACGCCUAGACGUCUUCGCGUCGUGUUAUGAACUAAAGCCAGCCUUUGAUUUACUCGCCAAGCGGUCCAAUAAGUUGAUGCUCAUUCCUGGAGAAAUGUAUCCUACCAAGCGAUUGCAAGCGGAUGAUGUGGAAGGCACGCCAAUGGAGAAUGUUGAGCAUAUGGGUCAAUACGUCUUCGAAAUGACGCAGGCAAAACUAAAAGCAAUGGGCUCAGAGGGACUGACUGUUCCUGACGGAUUCCCUGAUGGUGAUGACAUUGAAGAAGUAGAUGGAGACGAGAUUAUGGUGGGCGGGGCAGACGAUGACGAAGAUCUUACUGUUCAGCAGCAUGUAUGAGUGAAGGUCCUUUGUAGUCAUGCAGAGUCCAUAUGAUAGAAAAAUGUAAUAUACGCUAAAACCUGGUC